UCCUUUAUUUGACGCAUUCUUCUUCAACUAUUCAUCUCUCACGGUCUCAUCACGCUACCUUUGACCCCUCACUAUAUAUACCCAAACCACACACCUUUCUUUUCCCCAUCACAUUCACCAUAUACAACCUUUCUAAUUAGAUCUGCCCAUUAAACAUACAUACAAAAAAUCGUAAAUUUUUACCGUUGAAGAAAAAUGGUAUUGUCGUGGACCAGAGGGAGAGUGUUCCGGCGUGCUCGGAAGGGGAAAGAGUUGAGUUCCGGUAGCGAUUUGGAGAUAGAGAUUGCGAUCCCCACCCACUUCCGGUGCCCGGUAACCUUGGACAUGAUGAAAGACCCCGUGACGAUGUCCACGGGGAUAACCUACGACAGAGACAGCAUCGAGAAGUGGAUCGAGUCCGGGAACCGCACGUGCCCGGUUACGAAGACGGAGUUGAACAGCUUCGAGAUGAUCCCGAACCACUCCAUUCGGAGGAUGAUUCAGGAUUGGUGCGUGGAGCACCGUUCCUACGGGAUCGAACGGAUCCCCACUCCUCGGAUCCCCGUGUCUCCGUACGAGGUUGCUGACACGUGUACGAAAAUCCUGUCGGCGGCGCAGCACGGGGACGAGAACAAGUGUGUGGAGUUGGUGAGGAAGAUUAAGGCGUGGGGGAAGGAAAGUGAGAGGAACAAGAGGUGCAUAGUGGUCAACGGUGCUGCUCUAGCACUGGCUAAUGCGUUUAACAUUUUCUCACGUGGGGUGGUUGAGAAGAACGUGGUUGUGUUGGAUGAGAUUCUGGGGGCGUUGACGUGGAUGCGUCCUCUUUCAGAAGAUGGUAGAUCCGUGUUGGGGUCAGUGAGUUGUAUUGGUUGCAUGGUUUGGUUCAUGAACGGUAAACAAUCGGCGACAAGGCAGAACGCUGCUUUGUUGCUGAAGGAAAUGCGUGUUGAGGCGUUGGUGAAAUGUGAAGGGGUUUUGGAAGCUUUGGUUAACAUGGUUAAGGAGGGAGUUGGUAGUGCUUCCUCGAAGGCAUGCUUGUCAACGAUUUUUAAGUUGGUUAAUUCAUCAAGUAAUAGGGGUAGGAGUUGCGAGAGAUUGGUGGAGUUGGGUUUGGUUUCGGUGUUGCUGGAGGUUCUUGUUGAUGCUGAGAAAGGGGUGUGUGAGAAGGCUUUGGGGGUAUUGGAUUGUCUUUGUGAUUCUAAACAAGGGUUGCAAAUGGCUAAAAGUAACGCUUUGACUUUGCCUGUUGUGAUUAAGAAGCUUUUGAGGGUAUCUGAGUUGAGUUCCAGCUUUGCUGUUUCGGUUCUUUGGAAGGUUUGUGACAAGACAGAAGAAGAGAUGUUGGUUGAGGCUCUUCAAAUUGGUGUAUUUCAUAAACUCCUUGUUUUGUUGCAAGUGGGUUGUGCUGAGGGCACCAAAGAGAAAGCUACUGAGUUGUUGAAAUCAUUGAAUAGUUGCAGGAGCAAAGCUGAGUGUGUGGACUCCUCCUUGGAUUUCAAGCACUUGAAGAAACCCUUCUAAUUCAUCUUUACCAGUUUCGAAUUCCCUUUUGUAUAGGCCAUAUAUUGUAGAAACAGGAUAUUGUACAAACACACACACUCUCAUACGGAAGAUACAAAUUGUAUCUCUAACACUCAAUUCAAGUUUUGAAAUUCAUUUUUU